AUGUCACGAAUACCCUUUUCUCACGUAGACAUUGGCGAUGCCACCCAUCACAACACCACCGGCCUAUCCCUAACCCUCAGCGCGAAAUACCACGACGACUACUGUCUAUUCCACCAGGAAGCCAAGAUGGACAAAGAACAAAGAUGGAACCCUUCCGCAUCAGGAUGCAAAAGGACCUACCAGAUCACUUCUCCUGGGCGCGCGUACACCACCAAAGGGUCAUUGCCUUCAGCGGCGAACAUCGCACCCCCAACCACCAUCAGUGGACCCCAUCAGCGGACCUGUGAUCAUCGCCUUGAGCCAGCAGAGAUACCGGGAUACCAGUCUGCAGACAUCGGCGUUGUCAACGUACACUCUCCAGCUACAAAUAUUCACCAACACCAUGACCGCAACAAGACAGCAAUCUCCAACAGUCGAGAAGUUGUCGUUUCAUCGGACAAAGAUGGGAGCUGGAUGAUGGCAGGGUCCCACGGACGUGUGUACCCAACAUGCACACUCCAUGUUGCACCUUCAACAAGCCACAACACCUGGCCGGAACCAUACCUCCUCUCAAAAGAUCUUUCUCCGACGCGCAAACAUCUUGAACACCAUGUUAACAUCGUCAUCAUUAUCCGCCAUGUCGGUGAACGCGACUGUAUCCUGAUGUCGGAUGACUGUAACAACGGGUGA